AUGAUUAUCAAAGAAUGGGGAAGUUCAGAUGCUACCGCAGAAAACCGUAAAUUCAUCUCUAAUAGCCUCAAAUUAAUUGUAGACCCAAUUGCCUUUCCAGAAAAAUACUGUUGGGAAGAAGUUAAAGAUUCCAUUAUUAUCUUGGGUAAAUUUUCUCAAAUCAAAAAUGAAUCAAUUCCCGAAUUUUUUUCAAAUGAUUUUUUACUUGAUUUUAUAGAUUCAAAUAAAGAUAGAAUAAUCGAGGAAUCAAUCUAUUUCGAUUAUGUUGAAGAAACUGAAAAAAGUAUUUCUUUACUCUUCGAUUUAUCUAGAAGUCUCAAAGCAGAGCAACUUGCAAUAGUUUUUGAAGGCUUUCAUAAAUCAAAAAGAGAAAAUAACAAGCCAGAAAUUAGCAGAUCUUCAUUUGUCUCAUACCUAGAGAUGGUUAAUAAAGCAUCAAAUGACUCAAAGCUUCGAUAUAGAAAUGAAUGGAAAAAUAUCGAACCAUUAGCAAUCCAGGUAUCAGAAUUAAUUUCCAAAGCACCAUUGCCAACCCGUAAUGGCUUAUAUUGUAACAAAAUUAUAUGGUAUUUAGAAGUAGCAAGAAAAAAAGUUAAAAGAAGAAUUAAAGUUUUUCAAUCUGAGAAAAUAAGGUACAUUGCUGCCAAAUGA